CCGGAUGAGUUGUGUGGUAAUCGCGCGGAUUUUUAACAACCGCACGUGUUGCAUUCGCCUCACACAUACACACACAUACAUACGCGCAUACGCUUUCGGACAAAUUACGUUACGUAUACGCCGUAGCUGCCAUUGCCCUCGAGGCGGCAACUGCGACAGUAAUUACGCGACUUUGUUGACGUGAGUGCGAAUCAAGGCAAGAAAAUUAUGUGAAUUACAUGUGAAGUGCAAAAAGGAGAAAACGAAAACCGAAACCAAAACAAAAAGAAAAGCAAACGAGAAAAAAAAAACACAAAAUUAACAGGCGGAAAAGUGUUGGAGUCAGAGCUUAAAGUCUCAGCGUAUAAGCGAGCGAGCAUGUUAAACGGUUUGCACAAUUCUGUUCGAGCGACAAACAUCAUCAAUGUGAGUGCUGCGUGGCUUUUGCUGUGCUGCUAGCUGCUCCUGGGGGCAAUGAAAUCGAGGAAGCUGCCCAAGGUUUGUGGCCUCAACUGCUUGACCCUUGUCUAUUUACCGCUGAUGCUGCCCAUUCUAAGAUGCACGGCCAUUGGCACAGACAGCGGAAGCAACAGCGGCAGCGGCAGCAGCAGCGGCGACGCGGACUUCGACUAUCGUAUGCAGCGUGUGCGGAACGUGCUGAAGGAGGUGCCGCUGAUCGACGGUCACAACGAUUUGCCCUGGAAUAUACGCAAGUUCCUCAAGAAUCAGCUGAAGGACUUUCACUUUGGCAGCGAUUUGCGCGAACUGGCACCCUGGUCCUCGAGCGCCUGGAGCCAUACGGAUCUGCGUCGUCUCAAAGAGGGCAUGGUCUCUGCACAGUUCUGGUCCGCUUACGCGCCCUGCUCCUCACAACAUCUGGAUGCAGUGCAGCUAACGCUAGAGCAGAUCGAUUUGAUACGACGCCUAGUGCUGCUCUAUCCGCAUCACAUGGCGCUGGUCACCAGCGCCGCGGGCAUCGAGCAAACCCAUCGCACGGGCAAAAUCGCCAGCCUGAUUGGCGUCGAGGGUGGCCAUGCGAUCGGCACCAGUCUGAGCGUUUUGCGCAUGUUUUAUCAGCUGGGCGCUCGAUAUCUUACACUCACUCACACCUGCAACACACCUUGGGCGGACUGCUGCAAAGUUGACGAGCCGGGCAAAUAUCCACACAUAGGUGGACUCUCCCAGUUUGGCAAGCUUGUGGUGAAGGAAAUGAAUCGCUUGGGCAUGAUUGUUGAUCUGUCGCACGUAUCGGUGCCAACAAUGUUGGAUGCAUUGGCUACAUCUCGAGCGCCGCUCAUAUUCUCGCACUCCUCGGCGCAUGCCAUAUGUAAUAGUUCUCGGAAUGUACCGGAUCAUGUAUUGCAGCGCAUUGCCAUUAACGGCGGCUUGGUUAUGGUUGCGUUCUAUCCGCACUUUGUCAGCUGCUCGGGGCAGGCGACACUGUACGAUGUUGUGGCGCAUAUAAACCACAUACGCGAGGUGGCUGGUAUUGACCAUGUGGGCAUUGGGGCUGGCUACGAUGGCGUCAAUCUCGUGCCCAAAGGCUUGGAGGAUGUUUCAAAAUAUCCGCAUCUCUUUGCAACCCUGCUCGAGUCAGAUAAAUGGUCUGAAGGGGAUAUAGCGAAGCUGGCUGGACGAAAUCUCAUACGCGUUUUCAAGGAAGUCGAAGCGGUGCGUGAUCAAAUGGAAUUAUUGCGAGUGCAACCGAUUGAUCAGUCAAUUCCAGCUGAGGACAUUAUGGGCAGAUCCUACUGUCGGUAUCAAGGACCAAGAACGUGAUAAUUUCUUCAUAUGUAAAGUUUUUGCAUGCUUUUGCAAACACAUACACACACACACACACACACACACACAUACCCACAUCAAUGCCAGGAUCUAGAGAAGGGAGAGAAGAAAUUAUGUCAAGCGUACGUGUUGUAAAGUGAAACUUGUUUUAGGUUAAUUGACAAAGUUUUUUCGUCGUUACAUGCGAGCAUUUGUUUUUAUAGUGUAUGUGUGUUGAAGUAUGUGUACCACACAUUCACACACACACACACACACGUGCUUACUUACACCCACACACAUAUAUUUUCAAUCGCUCAGACUCCAAGCAGCAGCUGCUGCCUGGCAACAUUGUGCGCAGCUGGCCGUGCACAUAAACAAAUACAAAGUGGCAUAGCGGCAGCCAUACUUCACAUACACACACUAAGGCACACAUAUGCCCACCCACUAUAUUCCUUCCGCCCUUCUCGUCCUGGCAACCACUUCAACACUAAGGUUACCAUAGCUUAGCCAACAUUGUAUAAAUAUCAUUGUCAUGUUUAUUUUCAUCUUUAGCACUUAGUAAGGCAAGGAUCCGCAAAGAGUAAGCAACAAAAAAAGUAGCUAAGACCUAGACAAAAGCGAGAAUACAAGCGUAGGGCAAACGCACAAAAACACAACAAACAUAAAAAAGGAAAGACAAAAGCUGGCUAAAAAAGCAAAGAAUAGGAAAAGUGAAAACACACACAAAAACAAAAAAAAAUACAAAUAAAAAGAUCGUCUCAAAUGUCCUGAUUCAGGCGGAGAGCAUAAACUAAUUUUCAUUGCAUAUUUUUUCUAUGAAAAAGUUAUUAUAUAAAAAUUAAAAAAAUAUUUAAAUAUGCCUAUGGAAGCUAUAUACAUAUAUGUGGCAAAUUACGAAGAACAUUGUUCUUUUUUGUUAUAAAGAAAACCGACAAGCUCAAUGCAUAAACAUUUUACUCAGUUUUUUUAUUUAUUUUUUUUUUAUAUAAAAUGAUUCAUCGUAUUACCUAUUUUGCCCGAAUUUCGCUACAGCUUGGUAAUGUAAUGACUGCAGUUGUUAAGCACAAAUGAAAAGCUGCGUCCAUCAGUGGCCAUUAGUCUAUUAAAUUACAAUUCAAAUUAAAACAAAGCGUUAGUUGAUUACAUUUUAAUUUCGUUUGGAGCUUAACCGAAGUGGUAGAAAUUGUACUUUUAAUGAGUUAAUUAAAAUUAAAAAAUUAAUUAGUCAGGUGCUUUCGCGCGCACACUAACACACUAACUAUGCGAACGAAUUCUACACACGCACGUUUAGCAUCGUUUAUGGAUUUUGAGGGCUUCGACCAUAAUUUUUUAAUCGAUAUUCAAAUAAUGGGAACUAAGUAUUGUGUAAUUAUGAAAUCCAAAUAAAAGUCAACCCGCCAAAAACAUUGCAAAUAAGUUCAUUAAUCCAUUGAAAAAUAUACAAAAUAAAUAGAUGAUGAAUCAAAUACCAAGAGAUGACAUUGAACAAAAGCAGUUUUAAUAAAAGAAUUGCAAAACAAUAAAUGUUUAUCAGAAUCAUAAAAAGAACAAAGCAUAUUUCACAAAUAAUAAAAUAUAUACAAACAUAAAGGUACAUAUUUUUUUUAAAUUAUUGAUUACAACAACAAAUAUAAUUUUACAAACAAUUUUCAUCUGAAAUGUGAACAAAGCUGUAAUUGUUUGUUUGGCUUAGGUUGGGGUUGUACCGUGCAGGCAAACCAAUAAACCAUAAGCUAAAACAAACAAGAGCAUUUCUUUUGUAAAAAUAAAAUACCAAAACAUAUUUAAAGUUUAAACGGGGUGAAACAAAGUGAAGUUAGAACAAAACAAAAAACACAUGUGAUCGGAAAUUUAAUUAUAUAUAUUAUAAUAACUAUGAUUAUUUAAUAGCUAAAAAAAGGUUUACAGGAUAACACCACACAACUACGGAGAGCAAACACUUACCUACUUAUAAACAAAUAUUUAAACAAUUUCUACUGACUAACAGCAGAGGCUGAAGACAGUUGUAAAAUUUGCCACAUAAACAAAUACAUUUAUUGAUUACAUUAAAUUAUACAACUAAUGAUAAUGAUAACAUUAAUUAACCUAACUGUACUCCUAUAGAAAAUUCCAAUAAAGAAAAUAAUAUAUAUAUAAAUAUAUAUAUGUAUGUAGCUGAGCUCAACAGACGCCAAAAUGGUUUUGCCUGAGUGAACAGCGUAUUACCCUUGUAAAUAUUUGUAUGAAUAAAUAGCAAAAACAUUGUAUGAUUAUGUGUAAGACAUAAAAUAAAAUUAACAUAAAAUGUUGUGGAUAAUAACCAAAUUGAGAAUUCUUAAGUGUGAACUAUGAGUAAAUGUCAUAAGUGGCCAGAAGAAAGUGGAAACUGAAUAAAAAGAAAUAAAUAUUAA